CUUGUUUAAAUUCUGACCCCCAAACUAUUCUUUCAACCAGUUUUCAUGGAAACCGUUUGCAUCUCUAAGCCAUCUUCCAAAUGGUUCUCCAACAAGGGUUUAAGGUUAAGCCUCCCUCGCCUUCGUUCAAAACCCAAAUUCUCAAGGGCUACCACUGCACCAACACUAGCUUACAACACUAAAGAAGAAGCGCUUCUAGCGGUAUUUCGUCGGUUCGAUAGCGACGGAGACGGCAAGAUUUCGAGCGAGGAACUCACCGCAUACUUCGCAUCCAUAGGUGACAAGAUAUCAACCGAGGAGGCUCAAAGGGUUAUCGAAGAUUUUGACAACAAUGGGGACGACUCAAUGGAGUUCAUGGACUUCGUGAAGUUGAUGGAUGGGGAUAAUGAAGGUGAUGAUAUUAGAGAAGCGUUCGAGAUGUUCGAAGUCAACAAAGGCUGCGGGUGCAUCACGCCAGCGGGGUUGCAGCAGACGCUUAAUCGUUUAGGGGACGUGAAGUCGUACGAGGAGUGCGUUGGUAUGAUUCGAGUGUUUGAUCUCGAUGGCAAUGGAGUGCUCGACUUCCAUGAAUUUCAAGAAAUGAUGAAAGGUGAACCAUGUAAAAUAGUCUAGAUUCCAAGGGGUAUGUAAAUUACAUGCAUAUGUAUGUCAAUGUACUAGGCCCGAGAACCUGAUUAUGGUUAAUUAUAUUAUGUAUUUUGUG